AUGCAUCCAGAGGAUCGUCGAUUGUCUGGUGAUGCUGGUAAUUGCCGUAGUCGUAACCCUGGUAUGAUGGAUAAGCGUCCGUAUACGACGGUUCCCAUCCUUGAUAUUGUUGAUACAAGGGGUACUCAUACUCAGUUUGAUACCCCGAGCUUUGAUCAUAUGAGGACGGAUAGUGCCAAGCACUUUGACGAUACUGGUGGUGAUGGUAAUGAUGAUGCCGUUAAUGGAGAUGGAGAUGCUGAUGGUGGCGAUGGCGAUGAUGAUGAAGACGAUGGUCGUUGUGGUAGCCGUGGUGAUGAUGAUGAAGGGGGAUGUUCCUUCAGCCCAGUAUACACCACGUAUUUCCCCGUUGCGGUAAGCAUCGCUCCGGAGACUUCAGGGCCCUCAACUUCUUUCAGCAUCGACUGCGGGAUACCUCUGGCUUUUUUUAUAGAAGCCGGUUUCCCAUUUAUAUGCAUUGGUAAACCCAAUGCCCCGGCUUGUGACAUCGCCGACAGAUAUACGACGUUAGCACCGGUCCACUUUGAUUACGUGGGACUUUUAACCAUUUUGAUGAACCUUCCAUUUUCGUUAAAUCCACUUGUUUCCGGCAGGCGGCAUCCUCUUUUAACUUCUCCAACUUCUCCUGGAGUUCAACUUCUUGGCGCUUCCACAUAA